CUAGUAUCUUGGCCGGUCCAGUUGUUUGAACUGGCCACUGAAUAAACCAAACUUUGUCAACUUCUUUUCCAUUUUACAGACCAGCACUUAUUCAGACUCCGAAGUGUUCAUUUCCCCAGCACAGGGACACUGCUUGUAGUAGUGGAGGUAGAGGUUCUAUUCUAUGGGAGAAUCUCAGACAUCCUAGACUAGAGGUCUUUUGCUUCUUACACAGAGAAGCCCUGUUCUGAAGUGCCUCAUUGAGAGGAGAGCUCCCCAUCUCAGCCUGUAGAGCUCAUCUGGAACUAGGAGGAGCUGCUGGCAAGGUGCCCAUUGCUGUGUAGGUUCCUGCGUGCAGGAUCUUGGUGAGCAGAACAGCAGCCAUGCCGCCUGCCAUGGGAGGACCCCAGGGGUACACCCCUCCAGAGGGGGGCUGGGGCUGGGCAGUAGUGGUGGGAGCCUUCAUCUCCAUCGGCUUCUCCUAUGCCUUUCCCAAGUCCAUAACCGUCUUCUUCAAGGAGAUUGAGGUCAUUUUCGACUGCACCAGCAGCCAGGUGUCAUGGAUCUCCUCCAUCAUGCUGGCAGUGAUGUAUGCCGGAGGUCCUAUCAGCAGUAUCCUGGUUAAUAAGUAUGGGAGUCGUCCCGUCAUGAUGUGUGGAGGAUUCCUGUCCGGCUGUGGACUGAUUGCUGCCUCCUUCUGCAACUCAGUGGAAGGACUUUACUUCUGUGUGGGAGUGGUCGGAGGUUUGGGACUGGCAUUCAAUCUGAACCCAGCCCUUACUAUGAUUGGGAAGUACUUCUACCAUAAGCGGCCCAUCGCCAAUGGAAUCGCCAUGGCAGGAAGCCCAGUGUUCCUAUCCACCCUGGCCCCUCUCAACAGCUGGUUCUAUGACCAGUUUGGUUGGAGGGGCAGCUUCCUGAUACUGGGAGGCCUGCUGUUCAACUGCUGCGUCGCUGGUUCUCUCAUGAGACCCAUCGGACCAAAACCACAGCCUGCAGUUAAAAGUGAAGAUGCUGCCAAGGAGAGUACGACGUGUGGGCAGAAGUGUAACAGUUUUAUCGACCUCUCGCUGUUCAAACACCGGGGCUUCGUGCUCUACCUCAUGGGUAACGUCAUCAUGUUCUUUGGUCUCUUCUCCCCACUAGUGUUCCUUAGUAACUUUGCCAAGAGCAGGGACAUCCCCAAAGAGAAGGCAGCCUUCCUGCUGUCUGUUCUGGCCUUUGUGGACAUGGUGGCCCGGCCCUCCAUGGGCAUUGUGGCCAAUACAAAGUGGAUACGACCCAGGGUGCAGUACUUCUUUGCCUGCUCUGUGCUGUUGAACGGUGUGUGCCACGUCCUGGCGCCCAUCUCCGUGGACUACACAGGCUUCGUUAUCUAUGCCAUCUUCUUUGGCUUUGCCUUUGGCUGGCUGAGUGCAGUGCUGUUUGAGACGCUCAUGGACCUGGUGGGAACACAGCGCUUCUCCAGUGCAGUGGGACUGGUCACCAUUGUGGAGUGUGGGCCUGUCUUGUUAGGUCCCCCUAUGUUAGGGAAAUUCAAAGACAUCUACAAUGACUACCAAUACACCUACCAGAGCUGUGGGGUGAUCCUUAUCAUUGCCAGUGUGUUCCUGUUCGUGGGGAUGGGUACCAACUACCGGUUGUUGGACAAAGAGAAAAAGGAGGAGGAAAGGAAGGCUAAACUGGAGGGAAAAGAAGAAGAGACCAACAAGGACAAUGCUUCCAAAGAAGCCACCAAUGACAGGGUGAGAGCAGUUGACGAGACAAAAACUGCAGAAGACAUAAUCUAACUUUCCUUGACAUCAAAUUCACGCAUUCACAUGGUACCUCAAUACAGUCAAUGAGAUAAUGUAGACAUCAAAUUCAUUUGGUUUAAGUCUUUGGCAGAUAGCAAUGUUCAUGUAAACAUAUUUCUUCACCAGUUCCACUUCUGUCAUCGAAUAAUGUAUUAUCAGCAUAAUAUGACUGUGUCAAGAUACAUGUAUGUAUGCAACUUUUUACUGAAAUGUACAACUGCCCUACCAAAAAAUACUAUAUUUUACUGGAGUCCAAAUAGUACAUUUUCUGCAUAAGUGUUGUGAUAUAUUUUAAAAUAUUAUUAUAUACAGGUAAUUCCUAUGUGUAUAGUGUAUUUGGAAUUUCAGAAGUCCACCUCAAAUAACUACAAUGUACAGUAUUAUUCUGUGCUUUUAGAAGGUUUAAUGAAUCACUGUAACAUUUUGUUCACACUGUCAUGAUGAUUGGUAGGUUUCUUUAAUCCCCGAAAGCAUUGUUACAUGAAUAAUCAGGCAUAGUCUCUUGAUAUUCACAGUUCUUCAAUUCAUCUUCAAAACAAUUAUAUUCCCGUGUUGACUGCACAGCUAAAAAGCUAGAGAGACCGAUAACAACACCAAAGAUAAUCCAGUUUGAAGACUUGCAGAAACUGCUUCUGCAAUAUGAUUCCCCGAUCACACUUGUCACUAUUUACAAAAAUUGGCUAUAUCCAGGGGCGCAACUUUGGUUUUAGAAGUGGGGGUGGACAUAACCAUUGUUAGUUUUUUAAUCCAGUCGGAUAAACACUCCAAACAGCCUACCCAACCGCUCGGAGGCUUCCGCAAAACGUUGCCUCGUUUUGUAUCAUAUUCAAAUGAUAAAAUUAGGGAGGGACAAAAAUGCAAUUUCUAAAUGUGGGUGGGACAUGUCCCCCUCGUCCCCAGUGAAAGUUGCGGCCCUGGCUAUAUCGUUAAAAUGAUCUAAACAAAAAUGGGCUUUUUGGUAUUCAUUUAAGUUUAGGCUUAAGGUUAUCAUUUUGGUUAAGGUUUGGGUUAAGGUUAGGUUUAUAAUCAGAUUUAAAAAAUAGAAAUUGCAGAAAAAGGAUGGGUUUAGCCAUAUUUAUCACUAUAUGCCUCUGGUAACUAGUGAUGACCACAUUUUUAGUUAGCUAAACUCAUGAAUAGAAACACAUCAUCGGGUCUAACGGUUGUCUUGCGCCAAAAUGGGAAUGUGUAGGCCCUAAAAUCAAUGGCACUAAUUCAAUAUAAAUUUGUUUUUUACCAAAAAAUAUGUACGUGUCAGUUUGUCACUUUCACGAGGUUGGAAUAAUAACUACUUUAGCCAUUGGCUCGAAUCUAGGUUGUGCCUUUAGAUUUUGAAAACAUUUAAAGAAUUUUGCACUUCUAUCACUGACAUCUCAUUCCGGGCCUGGUCUUCUUGGUCUGUUACGUAAGCAUUUCCAGAAGUACCCCCCCCCCCCCCCAAUAAAAUGCCCAAGUUUUCCCAAGUUGGAUGACCAUUCAAACCCAAAAAAUCCCAGUCUGAGCUAAUUUUUUCCCCAUUUCCCAGUUGUCAUGACUGUCGGCGAUUUCCGAGUUUCCAGUUGUUUUGAAUGCAGUAUCUGUGACAACACCAAAGACAAUACAACACUCUUGAACUAUGAAGAGUGCAAUUGGGGGCGUUCCUGCAUGUGGGCAUUUCUGCAUCUGUUGGAACCCCUCUUUAUGUGUAAAUUUGUCUUUUUUUUUGCUAGGACUCCGGUCCGCAGGCAGGAGGCGGGGGCACUCCAGUACAGUAUGUGGUAGUUAUGCAUGCCGAAGAGGCAGGGGGACAAUGGCAACUAGUUAGCUAGUAAUGUUAGACAGUGUCCUUCGCCCCAAGCCUGUUGGGCAUUCAUUUCCCGCUGUUCUGUUAACAAGGUCGAGGGCAGUUGUUCGGCAGGCAUUUAGGACACUGGGUAAUAGCUAGCCAGUUAGUAGGCUAGGACUCCGGUACACAGUAGGUGGGAUAGGUAGCUAGCUAGCACACCGGUACACAGUGUACUUUCCCCUGCCUGUCGGGCACUUUUUUCCGAAGUACUGUUAACGACAGUAAGGGCAGGUUUUCGGCAGGUGUUUAGGACAAUGGGUGCUAACUAGUUAGCUAGCUAGGAUUCCAGCAGGUGUUCGGCAAGCCGGAGCAAAACACACUGUGUGAUAGCUAGCUAGUUAGCUAGGACUCCGGUACACAGCAGCAGAAGAAAGGUUGCUAGUUAACGAUAGCUAGGACACCGGUAGACAGUGUACUUCGCCCAUGCCUGUCAUGCACUAGUUUCCCGCAGUUCUGGUAAUAAUGGCAAGGGCAGGUGUUUAGCAGGUGGGAAUGAAGGACACUGUGUGCUAGCUUGUUAGCUUACUAGCUAGGACGCCGGAACACAGCUAGCGGGGACGACUCCUGCAGAUAGCUGUCGGGUGCGGUUCCUGCGGAUGAUUGGAAUAUCCAGCUACUACAUUUCUUGCCUUAACCCAUUAGCUAUUUAUCUCCAUUAGGUGGCAGUAUUUAGUCUUACGUUAAUGACUCUUGAGCUCCUGAAAGUUUAUCCUCAUCCCAGAGGAAAUUGUUUGCACGUUAUAUUGGAAAAUGACACUGUAUAUCACUGUUACUGAUUGAUUUAAUUUUAAGUAACUUUAAAAAUAUUCCAGACACAACUACCUUGAGGUUGCACUAAUGUCACCUACUUGAUGAGACUAAAGUCAUAAUUGUGAAUGCAGAAAUCAAGGGUUUGAUCCAGUGAAAGUUGAUAGGCAUUGAUUGUCAUGUGAUGGUACCCUGAUCCAUGAGGGAACAGACAAUCUUUGGUCAUUUCCAUAUGUCCAAGGGCACUUGGAGGGUCUUGAAGGGAUCCAGCUUUUUGUCAGAAUUGACUUUUCAUAUCAGGGCUAGGAGAAAUUACGCAGCAGGUUAGGAGAAUUAGGUUAAGAUUAGGAAAAGGGUUAGGGUUAUCUAAAAUGCGCCAAAAAAGUGUCUACUUUUAACGUACAUUUUCAAAAGCUGGGUCCAAUCUAGACAUUACCGACUUGAAGGGAGGCACUUUGACGUCAACACACGAAGACACUUUUAAUCAUGUGUGUCAUACAUGGAUGAUGACCAUGAUGUGAAUAGUUUUGUGAAAUGUCUUUUUUUCUUUCCACAAAAAAUAAAACUGAAAUGGGAUGUUGUGUUCAUUAAGAGUUAUUGACUUUGGUCUAAGUAUAAAAUAAAAUAUCCCCACAGCUA